AUGCAGUCAAUCAUCCAGCACCGCAGGAUCCGCAGAAAGAUCGAGCAACAAUUUGUUACAAAACAUGAGAAGCCCGGGGAUGUCUGGACCCACGAGGGCCGCUACGAUUACCAUGAAGGAGAGAUCCACACGUAUCCUCGCGAGCCAGCGGAUGACUGGGCUGCCGGACAAAGGAGGGAACACGGCCAUCGCACUUUGAUAUCUGGGCCGGCCCUUCAACCUCGCCAUACCGCUCGAUCACAUUUGGGGCGGGAAGGAGAUAUCGAGGGCGCGGAGAUGGACCCGUCAAUCUCAACGGAUCCGCAUACCAUCAAUGCAGAAGAGACGCUGGGAAACACGGCUGAUAUUAUGGUGACUGGCGUUGAAAGAUCUUGGCCAUCUGACCAUGCGACUGAUAGUGAGACUGAUGUUGAGUCAGAGAAAAGGAACAAAGUCAUCAUCGUCACAUUUGAAGGUGACUAUGACACGAUGGAUCCUCACAACUGGACAUUCAGUCGUCGGGCGUUUACGACUAUUCUCACUUCACUUACUGCUUUUGUGAUCUUCUGGGCAUCCACAAUCGAUGCCACUGCUUACGAAACCACCAAAAAAGUGUAUGGUACCGGCUCUGUGGUUCAGACUUUACCGACUGCUAUGUAUUUGAUUGGUACUGGACUAGGCGCAGUAGUUACAGGACCUAUAUCAGAAGUCGUCGGACGCAACCCCGUGUACAUCCCCACCAUGAUUGGGUUCAUGUUGUUCGACAUGGGCGCAGGGCUUUCCCAAACAGCGGCACAGCGAAUUGUUUGCCGUGGUUUAGCUGGUUUCUUCGGGUCUGCCCCGGCGAUUUUAUCAGCAGCAUCCCUCGUGGACGUCUGGUCACGCAUCGAACGAGUCUACGCCUUCCCUAUCUUUGCAAUAAUCAUCUUCACGGGUCCAUUGGUGGGACCAGUACCAGGAGCAUUCGCCGUCAAUUCACAUUCGGUAAGCUGGCGCUGGGUCGACUGGAUGACCAUAAUCCUGGCAGGACUCGUCCUGAUCCCGGUUGUGUUCUUCCUGCCCGAGACAUACAGCCCGGUCCUGCUGUACUGGAAAGCGAAAGAGCUCCGCCGCCUGACAGGCGAUGACCGGUACCGGUCUCCACUAGAGUUCAGAAGAGCCACAUUCGCCUACCGCUUGCGUGCCUCACUAUACCGACCAUUUCAGCUUUUUAUGACAGAACCAAUCAUCAUGAUCCAUGCGGUCUCCCUCUCCCUCCUCUUCAUAGUCCUCUACACAUUCAUCGGGGGUUUCGUCUUCAUCUAUGAGGUAGCAAGCCACUUCAGCCCAACUUCUAUCGCCCUCGCAUUCCUGGCCAUUGAGGUCGGAGUUCUUCUUUCUGCACUGGCAAUCCCGGUUUCAAUGUGGCUCCUCCGUAGAGAAAUCUACCGCAGCCGUGAGAGAGGCCAGCACCGCCCGGACCCGGAGAUCAGUUUGUACAUGUCUAUGUUCGGUGCGCCUUUCGUCCCCAUCUCGCUAUUCUGGAUGGGCUGGACGGCCAAACUCGAAAUCUCGUAUUGGAGUCCAGUCGUUGCUUCGGUCUUUUUUGGCUUCGGGACGAUCUGUCUUUUCAUCUCGGGGUACCAGUACGUUGCCGAUGCGUUCGAGGCAUAUACUGCAAGCGCCCUCUCCUCUCUUCAGUUGCUGCGGCUUAUUUCUGCCGGUGGUAUGAGGAUUGCUGCGGAACCGAUGUAUAUGAGGCUUGGAACUGGAUGGACGUUGACUGUCAUGGGUGGCAUUUCGUUUUUGUUUUUGCCUGUCCCUUAUUUGCUCUACUGGAAGGGGUAUAAAAUACGUGCGUAUAGUCGGUAUGCACGUAGGAAUGAGGGCUGA